AUGAAAUCAUGCCCAUCAAAAUCAAAUGCAAGAAAUAUUGAUUUAAUGUCUAAUAGAGAUGUUAUUAUUCGUCAUGGACAUAUUCUAUCUGGUUUAAUUGAUAAAGCACAUUGUGGUUCAACACUUGUAUCUGUUGUUCAUUGUUAUUAUGAAUUAUAUGGAAAACGUUGUGCUGCUGAUCAUGUUCUUUUACUUUCACCUGGUGUAUCACAUCGAUGUCGAUUAAUAAAUCAAUGUCGUGCUCAAGCAGGUCAAAAAUCUUUACAAAAAACGUUUUCUCUUCCGGAAAAUUCUAAUGAACAAAUACUUAUUAAUGAAUUUGCUAAAGGAUUUUGUUCAAAAUCAUUUGAUGAACGUUCAUCUGUAAAUGCAAUGCAAAUAUCUUGUUUACUUGGUCAACAAGAAUUAGAAGGUCUUAUUGAUAGAGCUGUAAAAACUGCACGUAUUGGUUAUUUACAACGUUGUUUAAUGAAACAUUUCGAAUGUUUAGUUGUUAAUUAUGAUUUAACAGUACGUUAUAGUGAUGGAAGUGUUUGA